GAGGAGCGAUGCGCUGAAAGCCAGCAGCACCGUCUCCUGAUGCUUCAGUCCAGCCUGUGAGUGAGGAGCAGAGAGCUGCAGCUGCUGUAACUCCAGGAGGAGCUGCGAGGAGGCCCGUCUGAGGGAGCUGAAUACUCUACUCUGGGUGGACAUAGCAAGCAUCCAUGGCAUCACCAGCGCUUGGGAAUGCUGAAGAAUCUUCCACUCAAAAUCUCAACUCAGGAAUGGAAAAUGGUUCAGUUUCUGGCACAAACAAAACCUGCCCUGUCCAUGCCUCUGCUGGAGAGGAAGCGAAGAGGAGUUUUCGGAAAGGCAUCCCUCGCCAUAACGACUACGUGAAGAUCUCUGUGCCGGAGUCCAAAGUCAACCGUCUUCCCACGGAGUGGUGGAAAACAAUUAUUGCGUUCUUUUAUGCAGUUUUUAACUUGGUUUUGACCACAGUCGUCAUCACAGUCGUGCACGAGCGUGUCCCUCCCAAAGAGAGCAGCCCUCCUCUUCCUGAUAAGUUCUUCGACUACAUCGACAGAGUCAAAUGGGCUUUUACAGUGACAGAAAUCAAUGGGAUGGUGCUGGUGGCCAUUUGGUUGAUCCAGCUCUUCUUCUUUAAAUACAAGUCCAUAGCAUGCAGACGGUUCUUCUUCCUCAUCGGCACCCUGUAUCUGUAUCGCUGUGUGACCAUGUACGUCACCACCCUGCCUGUUCCUGGCAUGCACAUGAACUGUGCUCCAAAGCUUCAGGGAGACACGCAGGCCAAGAUCCAACGUGUUCUGCAGCUCAUCUCAGGAGCCGGCCUCUCCAUAACCAACUCCCACCUGCUGUGCGGAGACUUCCUCUACAGCGGACACACUGUGAUGCUCACCCUCACUUACCUUUUCAUCAAAGAGUACUCUCCAAAGUCCUUCUGGUGGUACCACCUCAUGUGCUGGUUGUUGAGUGCUGCAGGGGUGCUCUGCAUCCUGGUGGCACAUGAGCACUACACUGUGGAUGUAGUCGUGGCCUACUUCAUCACUUCUCGUCUCUUCUGGUGGUACCACACCAUGGCCAACUUACAGACUCUGAAGUGCUCGCCCAACAACUACCUCACCAACACCUGGUGGAACCCCAUAUUUAACUUCUUUGAGAGGAACGUCCAAACGUCGGUGCCGUGCUCCUACAGCUGGCCCAUUACCUUCGCUUCUACCUGCCUCAAGAACCCCUGCAAGACCUACUCCAUGGUGCAGAGCUCACGAGAAGAGUGACCGGACCUGCCGAGGCGGCAGUCAAGCAGCUCCUUAAUCCUCUUUGGCACAAACCAAAAAGGCGUUGUAGGCAUUUGUCUAUGAAAAACCUAACCAGAAAAAUAGUGACUUACAAUAGAUAGUGGGUUGAUGCACGUGGGAUUGUGGUUUACGUGGUUUUACUCCAGGUUGGCAGGUAAACAACAUGUGGCAGGAUUACUUGUUUCCUCUCCUGUUCUGGUUGCUCCAUGUCAGCCUGACUGUCUGAAUGACUGCCAUCCUGACUGGCUGCUUACCGCUGACAGACAGGAAGAAAACUACAUGACCACCCACUUGCAUGUUGAUCUACCUUUAAACCCCAAAUAUCCAUAUCUUUAGCAAGAUAAGAAUUUAAACUAAGCAAGUUUAUUCUAACUAACUAGAAUUAGACAAUAAAUAGUGACUAAAGUCAUCCAAUAGGAAAAUUUAAAAGUAUAACAAUAUAGAGAAAUAGCUCCUACAGCCGUAUUGGUGGAAACAAUUAACCGUAGCUCGAGGGAAAAAAGAAAAUCUCUGUGAUUUAUUUAUAACAUGAAGUGCUGAAAAAAUGUCUGUUUUUGAGAACGACAUCUGUGUCUGAUCUGUUGCUGUACUUGAUCUGUGUCAUCCAUGCUAAGUAUUUGAACUAUCGGUGUAUUUAAGCCACGAGGUGCCUUAGAGUGUUAACGUGUAGAUACAUCAAAGCUGCCAUGAUCUGUCUCUCAGUCUAUUUUUAUGUGCUUUGAUAUCAUUUGUUUUGUAUUCCUUUGAGCGGCCCGAGUACCUAAACUAUAGCCUCAAUAUUGUAUUGAAAUAAAAGCAAACAGCUUUAAAUGUG